CCCAACAUGUUUCUUUUUCCCAAAAAUCGGAGGUAGAACUGUAUACUUCAAUAACUCUAUCUCAGCUGCCUUAAAUUCAUAACCAAGUCCUUAUUAUUCAUGAACUUUCACUAGGAUGUUAAAACGGAUGCAAACCUAAGUAUGCUUUCAUGACAUUUUAAAUGUAUCCUGUAUGGAGUAAUGAUUGAAUAAAUUUGAUUUGAUUUAAUUCUAAUAAAAACCGGGAAUAUUUUGAUAAUUUGGAUGUAGUUAUGGAGUUUAACAAUCAUUACGAGGAUUCAGACACAAAAAAAGAAAUUUAUACUGAGCUUGCGUCGGGAGAUAAUAGGACUGAACAAGACAGCAUUUACGAAACUCUUCAACAUGGUACAGGGGAGCUUGCAGAUAAAACUACACCUUCAGCCAAGAAGUGUAUACCCACUUUUGUUAUGGUGUACCCUCGUAAAUUCAAUUUUAAUUGGACUGUUUAUUAUUGCAGUAUCUGUUUCUUUAUACAUGAGUAUAAACGUUUCAAAGGCUUCAAAUAUUAAAGCGGAUCUGCAGAAACUGGUGACAACUCUAAGCCAAAAAAUUGAUAAGCUUGAACACGCACAGGGACAGAUUCAGACAGAAAUUCUCCAAAAUACGAACAGAUUAAAUGAAACAACGGAGCUGCAGAAACUGGUGACAACGCAAAGUCAAAAACUCGAUGAGCUUGAACAAGCACAGGGACAGAUUCAGUCAGAAUUUCUCCAAAAUUUAAAAAACAGAUUAAGUGAAACAGGAGAGGUUCUGCAGAAACUGGUGACAACUCUAAGCCAAAAAAUUGACAAGAUUGAACACGCACACGGACAGAUUCAGACAGAAGUUCUCCAAAAUACGAACAGAUUAAACGAAGCAAACGUGUCGGUCGGAUUUGCUGUAAGAAACCCAGAUAAAAACUCCUCCGGUUCUCCCCUUACGUUCAAAUACGUAAUAUACAAUACAGGCGACGACUAUAAUGUGUCCUCAGGUGUGUUCACUUGUAGACAUCCAGGACUCUACUUUUUCACAUCAACUAUGCACAGAAGCCCGGGUGCUCGUGAAAGCGCAUGUGGUUUUUAUGUCAACAGCAUUAACAAGUUAACAGUGUACAGUGGUAAUGGUGUCAAUGAUGGAUUUCAGUCAGGAUCAGCAUCACUUGUUUAUCGUUUAAAUACAGGAGAUAUUGUUGAGCUAUCACAUUGCCGUGGAAUAGACCACAUGUACUUUCUUUCUUCUUUCACUGGAUUUCGUGUUUCAUAUUAAUUGACCAGUCAGUUAAUAACAUAAAAGUAUAAGCUUUAUAAGAUUAAUUUACACUUUUUCAAAAGGCGUUUAAAACUGUAUAUUAUUAAACUUUAUUAUUCAGAUUUACAUAAAUACUAAAAAAAAACAA